UUAUCUCAAAAUAAAAAUGAGCGGACUCGGCAGUGAAAGUGAAGAUGACUGCGAGAGCCGUGUGAGGCAACUAUUUAGGAAAGGAGAAUUCUAGAAUUCUUUCCCUGCAAGUAACCGAUUGCAUUCCAUGCGAUGCCAAGUUGAAAAUUUAAAAAGUCUGAUGCGAGGCCCAAAGGUAAUUGAUUCAUAGAAUCAACUGAAUCGAGGAAGAGAUUGGCAAUUAUCGGCGAUGGAGAGAAGAGUAGGGAGGUUGUUACCGCUGCUUGCAGUUCACACAGUGGUCGAGUACUGUAGACUGCCGUGGAAACCACCUGUAACGGCAGGUCUUCUAGCCGCCAACACUCUCAUCUAUUUGAGGCCUUCUUUCUUGCAUCAUAUCCUUCCUCCUAUUCGUGAGGUCUGGUUCAAUCCCUACCUCAUUCUUAAGCAUAAGGAGUUGAAACGCUUCUUCCUGUCAGCAUUCUACCAUGUGGGGGAGUCUCACCUAGUCUACAACAUGAUGUCUCUCUUGUGGAAGGGUAUCCAGUUGGAAACUUCAAAGGGAAGUGUCGAAUUUGCAUCUAUGGUUGCUGCAUUGCUAACUAUGUCCCAGGGUAUCACGCUGCUAAUAGCCAAGUCCCUUCUCUUGUUCUUUGACUAUGAAAAGCCUUUUUAUUCUGAAUAUGCCGUUGGGUUCUCUGGUGUUCUCUUUGCAAUGAAAGUUGUCCUUAAUUCUCAGUCUGAAAACUAUGCAUAUGUGCAUGGACUAGUGGUACCAGCACGCUAUGCUGCAUGGGCUGAAUUGAUUCUUAUCCAAAUGUUUGUACCUGGGGUGUCAUUUCUGGGGCACCUUGGUGGAAUACUUGCUGGACUUCUCUAUUUGAAGUUGAAAGGAUCAUAUUCAGGUCCAGACCCAUUGACUUCAAUCAUCAGAAAUUUUGCAGGCAUAUUGAGCUGGCCUUUGAAGUUAAUGAGAAGCUUAUUUAGACCAAGGCGGCAGCGGAUUUCUGGUCGGGGUACUGUUGGUGCGAGUCAGGGAGGAAGGACAGUAUCAGGGGUGUGGAGGUGUCAAGCAUGUACAUUUGACAAUUCUGUUUGGUUAAGCGUAUGUGAAAUGUGUGGGACAAGUAGAGGUGGCAGUGGUUUUUCGUCCCGUCAAUUGCAACAUCAGGAUGGUGAUGAUCUCACAUUGGCAGAAAUACGUCGACGGAGGAUUGAAAGAUUUGGUUGAUUAUUUUUUUCAAUUUCCUUAAUUAUUUUGAAUCUGGGGUCUCAGAUUGUUGAUGUUGGAAUGCUGCCCAUUCGGUCAUGUUAAUUUUAUAGUUUGGUUAAUGGCCACAUGGUGAUUGCAUUGUAGAAUCAGAACAGACAUGGCUUUGCUUUAACUCUGGUAUGCUGUAUUUAGGAAUACCCCAUUUUAAAAUUUGAUUUAAAUAGCGAAAAUAUGAGCGUGUACGUCUGCAUUCAGAAUGACAGAUGGGGGCUUGUGAUUGGGUUGUUAUACGCAUGUCAUGCAGGUCGCCCAUUGAUAUAGCUCUUUUCCAAUGAAUUUCUCUGCACUUCAUUUCUGUUA